AUGUUAAAAACUCUCUAUAGUUUUGCUUUAGAACCUAAAUGGGCUACUCAUAUCUUUCCUGAAAAUGCUUUUGAUCAAAUUGAUGAACUUCAUUUACCUAAUGGCAAACUUAUCCCGAUCACUACUUUACCUGAAGUCGGCCCUUCUUUCUCCUUGGUGAAAGCUCAAGGUGAAGAAGCUGUGGAAUAUGGUCAAAAUAGACGAGGUAAACCUUGUGGCCAUGUCUUUGAAAAGGGUGAAGGAGUUCAUCAUUGCAGUGAUUGUGGUCUCAAUACAACUUCUUGGAAGACUGAAAUCAAUUGUAAAUAUCAUUCUAAUUUAACAUCGGAAGAAAAAGAAGAAGCACUUGAGAAACUGGAGAAAGAAAAAUUAAACAAGGGUCCAGGAUCAAAGAAAACUUAUCUCAAUCCAUUACCAAAAGAAUGUAAAGAUGUUAUUGAACAAAUUGUUACCAUCGGUCUUGAUUUUCUUCUUAUCACUUUGGAUAGAAGCCCCGAAGACAUGACACCUCCUAAUUCGGUUGAUAACAUUUAUAGUGAAGUCACCUCUACCUCAUCUACGACGCCUUUGGCUCACCCUCAUACACCUGCUACUUUUGGACUCGUUGGAAAAGUCGGUCAAUUUGAAGUCUUACGUGGGCCUGGCGAGAGAACUGGCAAGGAUUGGUCAAAUGGACAGCAAGCCACCAAAAUGAUUGCAAGUAUAGACUUGAUGGUCACUGUACGAACCGCGCGUGAUCUGUUUUGUGAACAAAUUGCAGAACUCGUGAUUGCCUUGUUAGUAGACCUGGCUGCCUGCCUAGGUUAUGAAGGAGGUUAUAACAGUCGAUUUGCAAGAUUUUUAUUAAAUGAUAUCAAACUUUGGAAAGAUGCUCGAGAUCAAUUAAAAAGUCUUUAUAUCUUACUCUUGGCUUUGGGACAACCUACCAAAUUACAACUCGGCAUUUUGUUCACUUCAGUCUUUCCUCAAUUGAUUGAGUACAACUUGUUGGUCGAUCGUGAACCUGAGCACAAUAUCUUACUCUUCAGUCUACAAAUCGUUACGGUUCCAAGUGUAGUGGUUGUCUUGGUCACCGAUCAUGGAUUCUUGAAGAUGAUCCUCGAUUUAUCUAUUCUUUCUUUACUCAUCAAUUUGCACCUUCAAAUUUGGUACAUGGUGAUUUCAGAUGCGUUUUCGACACAAACGAUAUCAUCAUUCAUUUCAUGA